GAGGAGAGAAGAUCCUCAUCCUCUGCCGGACCAUUACCACAAACCAUCGCCUUAGCAGCUGAUGACGCCAUCGAUAGCGGUCCUUCCUCUCCGCUUCUCGUCAAAGUCUCUGUCUUCGAAACAGAGCAUGAGACGACAAAGCUUCAUCACGCGCCGUCAACUCUGCUCGGAGAAACCACCGGACGCCGAUUUUCCUCCGAUUCAAAGCUUUAGAGAUGCUAAACUUGUCUGUGUGAUCGAAACGUCCAAGCUUUGGGAAAUUGCUGCACCAAUAGCUUUCAAUAUUCUUUGCAAUUACGGUGUCAACUCCUUCACAAGCAUCUUCGUCGGCCAUAUCGGCGAUCUUGAGCUCUCAGCCGUCGCCAUCGCUCUCUCCGUCGUCUCCAAUUUCUCUUUGGUUUCUUGCUGGGAAUGGCGAGUGCGUUGGAAACUCUAUGCGGGCAAGCGUUUGGAGCGGGACAAAUGGAUAUGCCAAGAACCGGAAAUUGCAGAGAUCUCUGGCAGAUUUACAACACAAAUCAUCCCUCAAAUGUUUGCGCUCGCCAUCAAUUUCCCAACUCAGAAGUUUCUCCAGUCACAGAGCAAAGUCGGGAUCAUGGCCUGGAUCGGUUGGUGUAAAGACGGUUGGCGAGGGCUGUCUUGGCUAGCGUUUAAAGACGUUUGGCCGUUUCUGAAACUGUCUUUUGCGUCUGCGGUUAUGCUUUGUCUUGAGAUAUGGUACUUCAUGACGAUCAUUGUCUUAACCGGACAUCUUGAAGACCCUGUCAUAGCCGUUGGAUCUCUCUCAAUCUGUAUGAACAUUAAUGGAUGGGAAGGAAUGUUGUUCAUAGGAAUCAAUGCAGCUAUAAGUGUUAGGGUGUCGAAUGAGCUAGGAUCGGGACAUCCACGAGCUGCGAAAUACUCGGUGAUCGUAACGAGCGAAGAGAUGAGAAAGGCAGUAGCUGAUCUUGCGUACCUUCUCGGUAUAAACGAUGAUUCUCAACAGUUUACAACCGGUUAUAUCAGGUGUGCAGUAGGAGGAGGAUGGCAAGCACCGGUGGCUUAUAUCAACUUGUUUUGUUACUACGCUUUCGGUUUACCUCUAGGGUUUUUGCUAGGCUAUAAAACAAGACUUGGCGUACAGGGGAUAUGGAUUGGUAUGAUAUGUGGGACUAGUCUUCAGACUCUCAUCCUUUUGUACAUGAUUACAUAACCAAUUGGAACAAAGAGGUGGAACAAGCUUCGAAGAGAAUGAAACAAUGGGGAGCUG